GUGUGUGAUUGACUUAAAGUGCGGUUCGUAAUUGCAACCAUUGAGAAAUGUUUUGGAAAAAUGAAUUGGAAGUUUAAAAUGCUCUUCACCGUCGUUUUGUUUCAAGACGAUUUUGUAGUGUGCCUCUUGUUGUUUAUUACAAAUAAACAGAAUGGUUGUUGGAAUUUAAAUAAAGAUCUCUAUCGCCAUGACAUUCGUUUGGUUCGAGGACCGCACGAGGGCUAUUAUAGUGAAGGAUGA